GCAGAGAUUGGUGUCAGUAGAGCAGUGGAUGGUGUCAGUAGGGCAGUGGAUGGUGUCAGUAGAGCAGUGGACAGUGUCAGUAGGGCAGAGGUUGGUGUCAGUAGGGCAGUGGAUGGUGUCAGUAGAGCAGUGGACGGUGUCAGUAGGGCAAAGGAAGGUGUCAGUAGGGCAGAGGUUGGUGUCAGUAGGGCAGAGGCUGGUGUCAGUAGGGCAAUAGAUGGUGUCAGUAGAUUUUAUUUUUACAAUGUGGUAUAGUAAAUAAAAGUGAUCGCUCUAAGGUAAGCAGCUGGACACUCAAGGAAACCAAGUAAAACCCCUCGUCACAAACAUAUAAUGGGAAAGUGCAGCGCUAUGUAAUGAAAAUUGGUAUAUAAUGUCCCCAAUAACAUUAGCAUAUAUCAGGGACA